AUGACAUCCUUCAUCGCGUCUGAUAAGCAGAACGCGCUUCACUACCACAUCCUCCACCCUGAUAUCGGAACUCGGGUUUCGCGGCCUGUUUAUGAUUUGUCCAUUGGAGCUGAUGUUGCAGCAGAUGUGAUCAGUCUCGGCGUCAAGGUUAACUCCAACACUUUCAACAUUGUGAUAAAGGGGUGCUGCUUAGGGAGCAAGUUUGAAGAGGCAUUGGAGCUUGUGGAUAAAAUGAUGCAUCAUAGUUGUUCACCGGACAAUGUUACGUAUAACACGAUACUGGACGGAAUGUGCAAGAAAGGGAAGUUGAUUGAGACCAGGGACUUGAUGCUGGACAUGAAAAACAGAGUUGGUAGGAUUAGCGAGGCGUUUCGGUUAAGGGAUGAGAUCGAGAAGCUUAAGUUGUCACCUGAUGUGGUUACAUAUAACACCUUGAUUAAUGGGUGUUUCAAGUUUGGGAGUGGUGACGAGGCGGAAGGGAAGAUGGAUGAAGCAGCAAAUGCUGUUAGGAAGAUGGAAGAAUGUGGGUUUUCUCAAGAUUGCAUUACUUACAAUACUCUAAUAGAUGGGUCCUGCAAAGCAGACAAGAUGGAUGAAACAUUCAGACUGUUGCAUGAUAUGGAAAAGAAACAUCCGAAGAUGAAUAGCAUCACUCUUAACACAAUUCUCCACGCUCUUUGUCAGGAGAAGAAGCUCGAUGGGGCAUCUGAUCUGCUUUCAAUUGCCCUUAGGCGAGGUUACUUCGUCGAUGAGGUUAGUUAUGGCACUCUAAUUAUUGGAUACUCUAAGCAGGAGCAGCUUGCUAAAGCUUUAGAUCUUUGCGACGAGAUGAAGGAGAAAAAGAUCAUCCGAAGCAUCAUCACCUAUAACUCCAUGAUAUUUGGGUUGUGCCGCUCUGGGAAAACUGACCAAGCAAUAGAUUUACUGAAUGAGUUACUUGGAAAUGGUUUGUCACCAGAUGAAACUACUUACAAUACCAUUAUUCAUGGAUACUGCUGGGAAUGGCAAAUUGAGAAGGCAUUUUGGUUUCAUAACCAAAUGGUUGAGAAUUCUUUCAAACCUGAUUUGUUCACCUGUAACAUUCUUCUCUAUGGUCUUUGCACUGGAGGUAGGAUUGGUGAUAUCGAGGAUUUCGGUCUAAAGGAGGUUGAGAAAGGCAAUUCAGAAUCUCAGUCCAUACAAAUGGACUGCAGACAAGAUGAGGUGUUAUCCUACCGCCGAUUGUAUGGCAAUUGCAAGGGCCGUUCUAAUCAGAAAACUCGACAUGGCAACUUGCAGGCUUCAGGGAGAUGCAUACCCACUUCUAUGUAUCUUGAGUACCACUUAAACAAGCCGAGCAUAGACAGAGAACCUGCACUCGACGAGGUAUAGCAGUUUCUGCUUCUUCCCUGUUCCAGCAGUUGGCUGCUGGAACAUUUUAGGUGGCCCAAAUUCUUGUUUAGGUGGCAAGCAUGGUGCAUGAGAUGUUGAAAUGCCUAUAGAUAUUAUAAUAUGGUUGAAAAUUAUGACUUCAGAUUUGUGUCAUUUUUCCCCCUAUGUAUGUAUACUUUUUCCACGUAUAUGUAUAGUUGAACAUUUUAGAAAUUUUGGUUAUGCAGAAG